UAAAUGUUGACAGGUAAUACUUGUCAUCCAGUCUCAGAGUGCGGUCAUAAGAGGCGUAAUCAAGACCUUGCAUGACUGGCAGGUUGGGAUGGGUAAGGCUGGGAUCCCAACGGACAAUUGCGAGGCUCCAUUGAUCGUCACCGAAUACGAGACCACAGAAUUCACUCCCUCCCAACCCCUCCUCCCUGACAGCAACGCAUUUUCACCUCAACACCUUCUGUACAGCCGCCAUGCAGCCCGCCGUCACUCGCUAUGUAAACGGCGAGAUCCGUGCCUACUACACCCAUUCCUCCCCAAUGACCGUAGGAAGUCUGAAACCAGCAGCCACAUAUUCGAUUAACCCUUACACCACCGACAACUCCAGAUGGCUAACCCACGCCGUAAGCGCAAGCUUGGACCGCGCAGUCUACCUCAACCGCUACAGUGCAAUAUGCAUAAAUCAAACCGGACAUCCGCUCUGGCGGCACGACUUCGAGCCUAGCCCCGAGUCUAACAGUGUGGCUGGCGGCGGAUGUGCUUUCUCUCGGGACGGGUCCCACCUGUGGGUUUAUCGCCCUGAUGCGAUGAACGACUGCGGACCGGACUUGUUAGUCGUUCUCGACGCUUCCUCGGGAGCCGAGAUCGCGAGGGAAGAGCUGGAUAGUGUUGGGCAGGGCGCGAUCAUUACCGUGCAUCCCGACGGGCGGAAUAUUCUGUUCGAUGUCGGCGAGGGCCAGGAUGGGGUGAAGAUGUACCGGGCUGUGCUUGCGGGCGAUAACGAUAAGAUCGAGUUACACUCAUACGGGUGGGAAGACCGCUGUCUGCUUGAUAUGGCGCCUGAUGGGCGGACGUUCAUGACGGUUGACCACAAUGUGGGCGACGCUGCUUUCCAUGCGUUUCCUGGCGGGGACGUUUUGCUGCGCGUGUCUGUCGAGGAUUUUGGGUAUGAGGGUGAUGAGGAUGAUGAGGAUGAUGAAGCUUGUAUACACUAUAUUGGCGGCUUUCUUGAUUUGAAUACGGCCGUCGUUACAGUCAAGGGUGAGACUGAGGACGAGGAGUGGGUGCAUUAUCAUGCCGUGGAUGUACGCACUGGGGCACAUCUUGGCCGCCUCGACGCGCACCCGCAUAAUGAUGAAGCUGAGGGCUUUCAGCCCUUGGGGGAUGGCACCUGGGUUGAGUCGGAUGACGGCAAUGUUGUCCGCCAUCGGUUUGUUGCAGCAAUUUGAGCUUCAACGUUGGAUUAGCUGCUUUCACCUUGUGCAUGAAUGCGAGCGAGGCUAUCAAAGGUCUUUCGAGCAGCACCUCCGACUGUCAAAUACUUUGUAUGGAUUCGAAGCAAUAGAAGUGGCUGAGCAUAAAUAGUCUUAAUUGGCACUGGCCGGGACGUCUAGAUAACCAAUACUACUAGUGCUGUCGCUCAUCGGAGAGUUACCAGAUAUUUCG